AUGGUUUGCGGAAUUCAAAUCAAUAAACAACUCUUUCCAUUGAAGCUGAUCCUAUUCUUCUGGUUCGGAGCGGCGGCAUGUCUUCUCCCAUAUAUGACGAUACAUAUGAGACAAUUGGGUAUUACUGUGGAGGAGACGGCUAUUGUCUAUACAGUGCUUCCCAUCACACAAGUAAUCGGUCCACCGAUUGCCGGCUUUAUAGCCGAUAAAUUGGGAAAUUACAAGAUUGUGCUAAUCGUUAACCUCAUUAUCACAAUCAUUACUUCGGUGGGCAUAAUGUUUGUGCCCUCGAGUGGCGAUCCCGACGCUCCUCAAAGCAAAACACACAGCCCUUUGGAGGCGGCUAAAGACCAGGAGCUGUCGGCCCCACACCAGACAUACGCCUCCCAUGCGUUCACAUUUUGGCUAUACUUCUCCAUACGUAUAGUGUUUCAGAUAACCGUGGGCAUAUGUUUCACCUUGCUGGACGCCACCACCUUGGUACUUUGCGAACGCCACAAGUCGUCGUUCGGUAAGGAGAGAUUUUGGGCCAUUUUCGCCACCGGACUCUUCUCUCCCAUCUGUGGUCUACUCAUUGACCACUUGAGUGCCGGCAAAGACGAGUUCUCCACCAAUUACUCGCCAUCGUUUCACUUCUUCAAUGUACUCGUGUUGUUGACUUCGGUCACACUAAUGGUAAUGUCCGUAGAGGUCGCCCCACCGCCCGAUAAUCUUAUGAAAAACAUACGACCGCUGCUCCGGUCGGCCAACACUUGGGUCCUGUUUAUCGUGAUCUUCAUUUUGGGCACUCUCUGGGGGUUUGUCGAGUCGUUUCUCUUCUGGUAUCUCUUGGAUCUGAAUUCACCGAAAUAUCUGUUGGGACUGACGCUCACCACCGGCGCUGUCAUUGGCCUACCCUUUCUGCUCUCGUCCGAGUGGUUUGUGGCCAAAAUGGGCAAUGUCAAUCUCAUGAUAUUGGCCCUGGUGUUUUAUUUCAUUAGAUUUGGUGGCUAUUCACUCAUUGAGAACCCCUUUUGGUGCAUUCCCUUUGAGGCUAUGGAGGCUUUCACUUAUCAUCUCAUGUGGUGCGCGGCCGCAACCUAUGCUCAGAAGUUGGAUCCGGAAGGACUGACGGCUACAAUGGUUGGAGUGGUGGGAGGACUACAUUACGGAGUGGGUCGGGCGGCCGGAAGUAUGAUUGGGGGCAGUCUUAUGGCCAUAUUUAACGCCAGAAUCGCGUUUAGGAUCAUGGGAUACGUGGCCGGUGUCGUAGCCGUUGUCUAUUCACUCAUUUAUUAUCUAUAUUUGCGUAAAGAAGAGAAGAGAGUAUUGAAUAAGAAGGUUGUAAUCAAAACGGAUUCCGAGAAUGGAGUUGUGAUGAAAGAGGGGGCGGACAGAGAGAUGGAGAAGAGGGAGACUGUGAUGGGAUCGGCCGGUGAGCCGAGGGUUGAGGUGAUAGGAGACGAUGGAGAGGUGUUGUCAACAGUUACCGAUCCGUUGACAGCUGUCGAUGGCGUCAAAGAGGACGACAACGACGUGUAUCUCAAGCCCAAAGAGAGGUGCGAUAGCGAUGUGUCGAGCGUUUCGGUGAUUUCCGCCACACUUUCCCUCUCACAUCCCAUUUGA